AUGUCGGAGGAAGUGGACGGAACUGAGAUUUUGGAUGAAGCCAGUCAGCGGCAUCACUUCGUGAAACUGGUCGAUGAGAUAAAAACCGAAGAGCAAGUCACCAAUUUCCUGAAUGAUAUUUUCGAUUUGGACCAUCACGCAUUGGGACCUGCACUGCCAAGCUUAUGCCUUCUAUCUGCAUUAAGCAUUUCUGAAAAGGAAAGGCUACGAUUGGAAAAGAUCUGUUGUCAAGUUCUGCUAGAUGUUGAUACAUCACGUGGCGAUCGGAGAGCGGCUGUGGCUUGCUUGAAAGAAUUUCACAAAGAACCGGCAUGGAUGGAUUUCUACGUACUAGCGGAAGGUAUCGAAGAACCGCAGUUUCAUAUCAUCCGUCCAAUUCUUCCUCGAAUGGAUUCACUUCUGGAAGCCGUCAAAGCUGGAACAAUUAGCUUUGACUAUGCGAAAAUUGUUCUAAUUCGAGCGUUUGUCCAUUCAAACGGCUGGAUUCGUUCGUGGGCCAUAGAGAAAGUCAUCGAAAUCGAUUCCAAGAUUUUGGCGAACAAUUAUGAGUUCAUUCCGGAUUAUGUGAUGCCCUAUGUGAAUAACAACGACGUCUUCUGGAGGAUUCUGGAGAAAAAUGAGAUGAACGAAUUCUUGCACAAGUUUGCGUUGAUGAUUGAAAAUGUGAAGUCGGCCUUGGAAACGGAUGACCUCAAAAUCGACUUUCUCAAAACACUACUUCUUGCCAUGGAAAGUAUAUCAUGCCCAACGGCCAUGUUCUUCUGCUCAACAAUAUUCAACGAGAUCUCGAUAACGCCGCUAUUCAACUACGAGAAAUGCACAUUAUUCCGACGGGUUGUUCUCCGAGCACGCUACAUUCCGCACAAGUCCUUGAGAAUUGUGACAAUUCGCAAUUUGAUUGUCUUCUUUGUGAAAAUCUCAAUAAUUGACAAUGUUAUUCUACGCGAGAUCUCGAAAUUGCUCAAUUUCAUCUCGAAAGAAGCGACGGGAGAGUUUAUGGAUAACACAUUCGCGAAAAUUGAUCAAAUUUUCAAAGAAGCUCAAUAUCGACCGGAAAAGGUUGAAGAUUUUGUGAAGAAAUUCGACGAAUAUGGAAGUCUGGAUCUUGCAAAUUAUGCCCGACUUUGGUGGAUCACGUUGACGAAUGACCCCGAGGCUCAGGAACAGCUUGUGAAGCGGAUUGAAACUGAGAUGACGUCGGUGCUUCGUGUUCAGGACCGCGAAGGAAAUCGGCAGUUCGAGGAUCUUCUAUUCCUUAUUGCCCAAAAGCCGGAGCAUAUUAAAUUCAAUUUGGACUACAUGGAGCUGUGCAAAGAAGUUGCUCUUCGGGUCUCUCGUGCGAAAGGAGUUUUCGAAGAAAUGGAGAUUUUGAAAUCUUUAUUUGGCCCGUUUUUGGCUAGAUAUGGUAGAGGAUCGUGGAAAUCUCUACUAGACGUCCCAUAUUGCAUGUUUAAGUUCCCCCUUAAUCCGACUAUAACGCUUGCAUAUUUCCUAACAUUCUUUGAAAUUUUCCUUCCUCGUGGAGAUGAUGCUAACGAUUUCGAUCUCGACUUUAUUGAAUUCCUUGGUGCCGAUCCGAUUGGAAUUCCGUCUCCUCGACCAGCUGACAAAGAUUAUGAGAAGGAUUGGAACAAGCUGGCGAUUGAAUAUCACGCAUUGCGUCUUGAUCUAUUUCUACGAUGCAUGUCGCCGUCGAAGCUUAAAAAUGACAUCAUCCUUCGAGAAUGCGUCGAGCAGCUUGAUAUUGCCUCGACGUUCCCGAUCAAGGAGAAACUUUGCAAUGUGAUGGCCAUUUAUAUCGCCAAGACAACCGACCUUCUCCUUGUGUUGAGCUGCAUUCGCGCUUGCGUCAACAUUGUGACUGAGGAGAAGAAGUCGUCGAAUAACCUUCCAGCGAUCCGCUGUCUUGUUCGCGUCGCGUUGAGUGCUCGUCUUGGUGUUGAAGCGACGCACGAAAUUAUCAAAAUUUUCGAGGCUCAACUUCUCAUUGCUAGCCAGAAUGUUCAAGUUGCUCUAAUUCUUAUUCAAGGACUUGAGGAGAACUUUGAGAACAUUUCGCCACUUUGGGCGCGAUUUGUCGUGAAAAUUGCCUUAUUUGGACCAGUGCCUAAGAAAGAAACUCGUGUGCUCACGUUUGGCUAUUCAAAAGUGUUCAAUGAGGAAGUUGGACUAGAAAAUGACGAUCUCGAAAGGCUCGAUGAGGUCGUUCAAAAAGCCAGAUUUACUGCUGUCGUCUUUUGCGUCAAAAAAGCGGAAGUCUGCGAGGAAUGGGCGACACAGAUUGCCGAGCGACUAAUGGAAACUUCGAAACUGAACGAUCAGAGCUCGAGCAGGUCAUUUGGACUCUCGAUGGCUCAUCGACAAAAGACCAGAGCUGUUGAGCUUCUUCACUUAGUUGUUCCUCACAUCGUUGACAAUGAUGAGAUCAUGAACGUUUUUCAAUAUUGCGUCGAUUGCAUUGUGGAUCCUUGCCAACAAUUUUCGAUCAAAUUGAUUGUUGAAUGGACGAUUGUUUCGCUCUGUCUCCGAUUUAUCACGUUGUUCGAGGAAAUUAUAUCAGAAGAGUUUGAGAAGUCAUUAGCUGAGAAGCGCAUUGGCAGCAUUUCAUCAUGGAUCAAUAUUUUAACCUUGGUGGCCAGGACCGAUAGUGAAUUGAGCGCGAAAUGUCUUGACAGGAUUGUUGGUUGGACGAGUGCUCAGAAUUUUCCGGUUCGCUGCACUGCUAUUGCAGCUUGUCGAUUGAUAUACAAUCAACUUGAAAUCAAGGAUCGACGAAAGUAUCGAAUUGUGAAAUCGAUCGUCGAAUUCUGCGCUGAGCCGUCCGGCAAUUCAAAACGCGUCAUCGACAAUCUAUGCAACGAUUUCUAUUUUGCCAAAUUGCUUCCAGAGGAACACUUUGACAUGCAAACGGUUUUCAAAGAGAUCCCUUCAAAAACUGGAAUGCCGCCGGAAGAAACAAUACCGGAGAGUAUUAUCGAUAAGCUGAACACCACUAGGGUCAUGUCGUUCAACGACGAUGAAGAUUUUUUAUAUGCCCCGUCCGAAGUGUAUUCAGCGCUAUCGAAGAAUACUAGCAGCGCUCCUGAUAUGACCGUCGAUCCGAUUGUCGAUGAUGAUUCGACGACGGAAACCGACACCGAGGCCACCUCAUUCCAGCGCAAAAUUGUUAAAGACGUUUCGAAGAAGAAUGAUGGCAGUUCACUUAUAGUUGUUGCUUCAUUAGUAGAUAAGCCAAAUAAUCUAGGAGGUAUUUGCCGAACAUCGGAAAUUUUUGGCGUCGACACUUUGGUUGUUUCUGAUGUUCUCGUUGCGCAGGACUCAAACUUCCGAGCGUUGAGUAUGAGCUCAGAGAACUGGCAGAAGAUUGAAGGCGUUCGACCACAGAAUCUGCUUGCCUACCUGGAAAGCUUGAGAAUGAAAGGGUAUACGGUUAUAGCCGCUGAGCAAACGACUGAUAGUGUGAUGAUGCAUGAGUUUGUCUUCCCAAAAAAGUCGGUAAUCGUCAUGGGUGAUGAGAAAGAAGGAGUUCCGGUGAACUUGCUGCGAGCGGUCGAUAAGACGGUUGAAAUCAAACAGCUUGGACACACGAGAAGUCUCAAUGUUCAUGUUACUGCAGCGCUACUAAUUGCCAAAUACGCUGAACAAGUGCGAUUCAGCGCCCAGUGA